CUAUGGUGGCUUCUUCCUGACAGAAACCCUUUUCCCUCCGCGGAGGCCUCGGGCCGGCUCCUAGUUCCUUCCGGUCUCCCCAACUCUGGGGGGCACCCGCCCCGAGAUCUAAGUCUUUGCCUCCCCUCCUUCUCCCACGGCAAUGGAGCUGGAGCCGGCGGCGGCAGUGGUGGAGAGCUCGAUCCCGAAGCCCGAGCCGCCCCAGCCUCGGAGGCGCAGCCACCGGGCGGCCGUGUCCCGGACGUUGAGCGCUGGCGAGACCGAGGCCCAGCUGGACGAUCCCGCCUCGGGGCCGAACCAGCGGAGGAGAUACUCCCUUCGGAGAGGCAGUUCCUUCACAUUUCUAACACCUGGGCCACACUGGGAUUUCACUUUGAAAAGAAAACGAAGAGAAAAAGAUGAUGAUGUUGUAAGUCUUAGCAGCCUGGACCUUAAGGAGCCAAGCAAUAAAAGAGUUCGCUCUUUGGCCCGGGUCUCAUCUUUGGCAAAUUUAAUCUCUCCUGUGAGAAAUGGAGCAGUCAGACGUUUUGGUCAAACAAUACAAUCAUUUACACUUCGUGGUGACAAUAGAUCUCCUGCUUGUGCCCAGAAGUCAUUUAGCAGGGCUACUGUCCCAACUCCUUCUAAAAGAAGAAACAGUGUAAGAUGGUCAGAGAUGUUAGAUAUCAACAUGAAAGAAUCUUUAACCACCAAAGAAAUCAAGCGUCAGGAGGCAAUAUAUGAAAUGCUCCGAGGAGAACAGGAUUUAAUUGAGGAUCUUAAGCUUGCCAGAAAGGCCUAUCAUGACCCCAUGUUGAAGUUAUCUAUUAUGUCAGAAGAAGAACUCACACACAUAUUUGGAGAUUUAGAUGCCUACAUACCUCUGCAUGAAGAUCUGUUGGCAAGAUUAGGGGAAGCAACAAAGCCGGAUGGGACAGUAGAACAAAUUGGUCAUAUUCUUGUGAACUGGUUGCCAGGUUUAAAUGCUUAUAGAGGAUACUGCAGUAACCAGCUUGCAGCUAAAGCUCUUCUUGAUCAGAAAAAGCAAGAUGCAAGAGUUCAAGAUUUCCUUCAACGUUGCCUUGAGUCUCCUUUCAGUAGAAAAUUAGACCUCUGGAGCUUUCUAGAUAUUCCUCGAAGUCGCCUAGUCAAAUACCCUUUGUUGUUAAAAGAAAUUCUCAGGCAUACACCCAAAGACCACACUGAUAUAAAACCUCUAGAAGAAGCUCUGUUGGUAAUACAAGGAGUACUCUCUGAUAUCAACUUGAAGAAAGGAGAAUCAGAAUGCCAAUAUUAUAUUGACAAACUGGAAUAUCUGGAUGACAAGCAGAAGGAUCCUAGGAUCGAUGCUAGCAAGGUGUUGCUUUGCCAUGGAGAACUGAAGAAUAAAAAUGGACAUAAACUCUAUAUUUUCUUGUUUCAAGACAUCCUUGUAUUGACUCGUCCUGUCAUACGCAAUGAACGUCACUCUUACCAAGUCUACCGUCAGCCUAUUCCUGUCCAGGAGCUGGUUUUAGAGGACCUGCAGGAUGGUGAUGUGAGAAUGGGAGGUUCAUUUAGAGGUGCUUUUAGCAACUCAGACAAAGCUAAAAAUAUCUUCAGAGUUCGUUUCCGAGAGCCUUUGCCAGGGCAGUCCCACACUUUACAGGCAAAUGAUGUGUUCCAUAAGCAGCAGUGGUUCAAUUGUAUCCGAACCGCCAUUGCUCCCUUUCAACAGACCACCAGCCCAACAGAGUUUAAGGGUUUGUUGGAGCUCAAUAAGGAGUGUGAAAAGAACACCACCUUGCCAUCACACAUCAAAGCCCAAAGGAAGUCAUCAACACUUUCUGAUCUUGUUCCUCUAGAAGUGGAUGAAAAUUCCCCAGAAUAUACUUCCAGUGUAGCUAUAAAUGAAGACUCCACAGAUAUAAAAGAAUACAGAAUACAAUCUGGGUCCCAAAAAGCACAAGAGAAGGCCCAACUGAAUGAUAAAAGGAAAGAGACUUUGGUAUAAAGGGGACCAUGUACCAACUGCAGAAAAGACUUUAUAAAUAUGUACAGUUUUUUUUCAUGUAAUGUGAACAUAAUAAGGUUACUUUAUUCUAAUGUGUUGGUUUUUUUAAUGGCAGCUAUUGGUAUACUAAUAACUGUUAAAUUAAGGUCUGUUUUUUAAAGAAUAUGGAAUUUAUGUUUUCUUACUUUGUGCAGAAAGUCAGAUGUUUUUAAGGCUUAGCAUAAUUAGAUUGGAAAUUUAAAAGGUAGAUUGUUCAUAAGUUCAGAUCUCCCAUGGCUUCUUUUGUUUUCUAUUUUUUUCCAAUUAUCAUAAAAGCAAUUUUUACCAUUUAAAAAUAUUUUGAGUUCCAAAUUCACCCUACCAUCUUCUCCCCAUCAGUGAGAAGGCAAGAAAUUUGAUAUAAUUGAUUUGUGUGCAGUCAUGCAAAGCAUUUUCAUAUUAGUCAUGUUGCGAAAGAAAACACAGACCAAGAAAAAUAAAGUUAAAAAAAUCUGCUAUGGGUUCUGGAUAUCAACUGUGAUAUUUGAAAUGUCAGCAAAACUCACAACUUUGCAAAUGCUAAUUCUCUACAAGUAUUUUUUCCACAAACCUUGCAACUGAACUUUUCUUAAAAUUGAGUUUUUACACAGGCACUUAAAAUCAGCAUAAUAUUUUAAAAUAUGAAUUGAAAUACAAAUUCUUUGGAAAACAGACCUCGUAAUGUAAUAGUUUCCAUUUUAACAACUGGAACUCUGGUUUUUUUACUGCACAUUCUUCAUUUUUCAUUUAUAUAAUAACCUGCCAUUUAUUUACUCUUUUUUUUUAUUGUAAAGUAGUAUUAAGGAUUUUUUUUUUAAGUUUUGAUGGUUUUUCAAAUUGGCAUUUCUUUAAAGUUUGACCUUCCUGUCUUAAAUAUGUGUAUAUAUGUGCGUGUAUACAUAUAUAUGUAUAUUUUUAAAUAAUUUUAGCCAUACUAUUCCUUGAGCCAGUAAAAAGGUGUCAUCUAUUAAAUGUAGUAUUUUGGGAGGUGGUAAACCCAUGUUAAAGGGCUUGAUCAUGCUCUACACUACUGAAAGAGAGCUGCUGAGAUGCCCAGUGAAAGUCUUAGGGCAGAAAGGAGAGAAGGAGAAGGUCAGUUUGGCUGGUACCAAGGUUUGAAAAGGAAAAAGAGGAGUGGUUCUGUCUUAAAAGUAAAGUAGCUAGUCUCUGCCAGAAUGUGAAAACCUAAAGUAUUGAGGACAAACCAAAGUGGUAUAAAGCAAGUUGAAGAGGGCCGGAGGAAAUUGAACUUUAUCGAAAGGCGUUAAGAACAGUGAAUAAGAAAGGAAUUUGGGAAAAGGAGGGAUGUGGAGCAAAGUAAAGUAUGACCAAGUUGGCUAGUGGUAUUGUAGUGGUUUAAGGAGUAAGGCUUUGGGAGGUCUUCCCAAGAUGUUUCAUGGGUAAUGUGUCAGGAAGAGUAAUUAGAGUUUUGCUUUCCAUCUGUUAAAAAAAAAAAAAACCACCACACAAGUCCAGUGCAUCCCUAUAGUGGCUAAAAUUUUAAUCACAGCUUACAUAUUUUGCAGUGGAAAGAAAAAUUGGAAAAGUUUG